GUUAUGAUCCAAAGCAAAGAGAGAGAAGAACAAAGCAUGUUAGAUUGUAAAAAGAAGAGUACUGUUUCACCAACAGCUGAGAUUUUUAAGAGUGCAUAUGUGGAUGGUAUAGGCUGGGCUUCUCAGCUGAUGAGUGGAGGUAUCUGGGUACAGUACAGUGAUGGAUCGCAGCUGAUUAUCAAUGCCUCUGAUGCAGUAAAGUACACUGAUUGCAAUGGGCUUGUUACACAGUAUGAAUAUUCAGACUCACUGAUUCCACAGAAUGUCAAACUUAAAUUCUCACAUUUUCCACGCAUCAUAGAAAGCCUGGCCAAAGCAGCAAGAACAAAAACUUAGAAAUGUCAUAUAUACCGAUAAUGUAGAACAUAUCCAUUGAGCCUGUGUUCAACAACCCUUAAUUAUGGAUACUCUAGAUUUUAAUAAAAAACUGCUUGUAGAUUUGUAUUUUUUAUAUGCUUUGUAAAUGAAAUAAAAUAUAUAACUAUCACUAUCUUUUUUAUAAUGCACCAUACAGAAAAAAAAAACAAUAACAAUAUUGAUGGUGUAAUGUCACUUCAUAAGACAGGGAUAUUUGAUAUAAAAUAUCAAUAAAGCAAUGAAUGAUU